GGUCAGCUGAUAAAAGUGGGUUGUUUGUCGACAACAAGUAGAACUGCUCAGUCAUUGAUCGGUUCAUGGUCUUCAGGUUGAAACAAUGAGGAGUUUGAUCCUGUUUGUUUUCGCGGCGUUAGCCUUGACCAAUGAGGCGCUGGUCCGAAUUCCCUUAAAGAAAUUCCGUUCCAUCAGACGGGAAUUAACAGACUCUGGAAAACAAGUGGAGGAGCUUCAGGCCAACAAACACUCCAUUAAGUACAACACCGGCUUCCCCUCCAGCAAAGAACCCACUCCAGAGACACUGAAGAACUACCUUGAUGCCCAGUACUAUGGUUUGAUUGCCCUGGGCACCCCCCAUCAGAACUUCACUGUGGUGUUUGACACCGGUUCCUCCAACCUCUGGGUGCCCUCCAUUCACUGCUCCGUCUUUGACAUCGCAUGCUGGCUUCAUCAGAAAUAUAAUUCUGGCAAGUCCAGCACAUAUGUGAAGAACGGCACAGAUUUUUCCAUCCGGUAUGGCACUGGUAGCUUGUCGGGCUACCUCAGCCAGGACACUUGUACAAUUGGAGACAUAACUGUGGAAAACCAGCUUUUUGGCGAGGCCAUCAAGCAGCCCGGCGUGGCCUUUGUUGUAGCCAAGUUUGAUGGUAUCCUUGGCAUGGCGUACCCAAGCAUCUCUGUGGACGGGGUGACUCCGGUGUUCGACAACAUCAUGAGCCAAAAGAAGGUGGAGAAGAAUGUCUUCUCUUUCUACCUGAACAGGAACCCGGACACUGAGCCUGGCGGUGAGCUGCUGCUGGGGGGAACCGACCCCAAAUACUACGACGGCGACUUCCACUACAUCAACCUCACCCGCAAGGCCUACUGGCAGAUCCGCGUGGACCAGAUGGCAGUGGGCAGCCAGCUGAACCUGUGUAACAACGGCUGUGAGGCCAUCGUAGACACGGGAACGUCUCUGAUCACUGGCCCAGCUACAGAGAUCAAGGCCCUGCACAAGGCCAUCGGAGCCAUUCCACUUAUUCAGGGAGAGUACAUGGUGAGCUGUGACAAAGUUAAAUCGCUGCCUCCCAUCAGCUUCACCAUCGGUGGACAGGGCUACACUCUGACCGGAGAGCAGUACAUCCUCAAGGAGACUCAGGCUGGAACGACCAUUUGUCUGAGUGGUUUCAUGGGUAUGGAUAUUCCUCCCCCUGCUGGGCCCCUGUGGAUUCUGGGAGAUGUAUUCAUUGGCCAGUACUACACUGUCUUCGAUCGAGAGAAUGACAGGGUGGGCUUUGCUAAGUCCAAGUAAGCACAUCCUGCGACAGACCUGUUUCAAGUGUAAAGCUAAAAAUCCAAGUUUGCACAGCACACAUUUGUUGCUUUGUGAUCAACCAAUAUUUAGCAAUAGAUUUUGUGUAGAACCUAACUGCACUGAUCUGAAAAAAUGUGUACGAUUUCCAGCAGUGUGUGUGUGUGUGUGUGUGU